UGCCUUUGCAGCAGCAGAGGAGCUUGGAGGAUGUCAGGGUGCUGUUGCGGGACAAAAUGCGGACAGGACUGGGCUUGAACACCGAUUUAGGGACAUUUAAACGGCACUAUGUCCCGGAUGUGGCUGAUAGCACCGUACCGAGAGGAGUCAGUGUGUGAAAACCGCAACUAAACCGCAGUGCCGAGAGGACAUUCUCAACUAGUUUGAGCAAAAUGGAUGGGACGAUUUGGAGGGUGCACUCUUGCAAGGAUGCCUCACUUCUGCAGGAAAUGUAGUUGCUACCAGUCCUUUUUUUCUGAUUGACACAACUGGGAUAUUCUCUGGAGCUUUAUCACCCACACAACCUUGGUAACGAUGGAGAGUAGAGUGUUUCUGUCCUGCCUGGACCAAUUCAUGCUGAGCCCUCUUGUUACUUGGGUGAGGACAUUUGUACCACAUGAUGGGGGCAUGCACUUGGACUUCUGUGAGUUACUGGAUGGAGUCUUUCUGAAUGACAUAAUGACACAAAUAAAUCCGUCGGCUGUUCAGGGUGCAAACAAAGUGAGCAGGGAUCCAAGUCAGAGGGUCCAGAACCUGAACUCCCUCGUCCAGCAAAUCAAGACGUACUAUGUGGAAAAUCUGAGACAGUUAAUCAUGAUUCCUUUGCCAAACGUGAUGCUGUUUGGCAGGACUCCUUACUGUGAACAAAGUCUGGAGGAAAUGAAGAAGCUUCUGCUGCUGCUCUUGGGAUGUGCUGUCCAGUGUGAGAAAAAAGAGGAGUACAUCGAGAGGAUCCAGACGCUUGACUUUGAGACGAGAGCUGCCAUAGCUGCACAUAUUCAGGAGUUGACCCUCAGUCAGGAGAACGUGGUGGAUCUGCAGUGGCUGGAGUCCAGCGAGGUGCAUCCGGAUGAGCUGGAGGUCGUAGCAAGAAACAUGGCCGCUCACCUGCGACAUGUGCUGGACCAGAGGGACAACCAUCUAGAGACUAUAGCAGAGCUGAUGCAGGAAAAGGAAGGAGUUUUUAGCUUGCUCAAUAGCCCCUCCAGCCCACAUUCAGGGAGCUACUCUCCCAGCAUGCAGCAGCAUGCGGGGACUCAGCAACACCUGGCGGUGGAGCUGGCCGACUCCAAGGCCAAGAUCAGACGACUUAGACAAGAACUAGAGGAGAAGAGUGAGCAGAUGCUGGACUGCAGACACGAGCUGGAGAACAUGGAGACAGAGCUGAAGAGGAUUCAGCUGGAGAACUCCCAGCUGCUUGUAGACGCCCGCGCAGCCCGCACCUACCGAGACGAGCUGGACGCCCUGACAGAGAGAGCCAUGAAGGCAGACAAGCUGGAGAGUGAAGUGGGACGCUACAGGGAGCAACUUCACAAGAUAGAGUUCUACAAGGCCAAAGUGGAGGAGCUAAAGGAGGACAACAGGGUGCUACAGGAGACCAAAGAGGUGUUGGAGGAUCAGUUGGAAGGCUGGAGGGCACGCUCCGAUCAAAUCCACCAGCUGGAGAAGCAUGGUCUGCUGCUGAAGGCCACGGUCCAUGACAUGGAACAGGAGCGGGAGGCAGAUCGAAGGCGCAUCGAGGAGCUGCAGGAGGAGAACCUGGCUCUAUGUUUGGCUCAAAGGAGGAGCAUGGAGGAGUCGCAGCACCUGGGCUGGGAGUUAGAGCAGCUCUCAAAGACCACUGAGAACUCCCAGGGCCAGCAGACUCUGAGCGAGGAGGUGAGUGAGAGGACGUGCAGUCGCAUGCUGAAGCUGGAGAAGGAGAACCAAAGUCUCUUAAGGAUCAUCGAGGAACUCAGAGCUGCCUCGAUUAACAAACAUGGCCGCCAGCUGGUUUGUAGCACCAACAACCGCACCUCAUCAACAGAUGAACCCAGGGAGCUGCAGACCACCAGCUCACAUAUCCAAAACAGCACUCAUGUAAUCCCAUUCAGCACAGUAACACGGCAGACGCUGAAUGGAGGUUCAAACUACCAUCAGCAACUCCUCACUGAAGAUCUGGAGGAGGUCCAGAGUCAGAUCGUCCUCACAGAUAAUCCAGACCUCCAUGUUCAGGAGAAAGGUCAGCUAGAGGAUGGAGACGAUGGAGAUCAUUUCAAAGAACUGAUGGAGGACUUAGAAAACCAUCACAACAGGCUCCACUGUUUUGUUGGAUCACGUGACCGCUCCCCUGGCUCAAAGAGCAGCAGUCCCUGCCACGACAGCAUCCUCACAGGUCUGCCAACACGCUCCUCUUACGCCAGCAAGCACACACAGCGGCUGGAGGCCAAGUGCAAGGCCCUGGACACAGUGAACCUGCAUCUACAGACUUCCCUCGAUAACACCGACCGUAAAGUUCAGCGCCUGGAGGCAGAGGUUCAGGAGCUGGAGGCGGAGAACCACAGUCUGCAGGCCACUUUAGAGGAACUUCGGAUCUCUGCACGACGCCUCGAGCAACUGGAAGCAGAGAAGCAAAGCCUGGAGCAAGAGACCACAGUCCUGGAGAGGGAGAAGAGGCAGCUGGAGAAGGAUAACCGACGUCUCCGCCAGCAGGCUGAAAUCCUGGAAGCCAACUUAGACAGCAGCAACGUCUGUAUGGCCAGCCUGGAAAGGGAGAUGCGUUUUGUUGUAAAAGAGGUGGAGGGGUUAAGGGAGACUGCUGAGAGGGUGAAAGGCCUGGAGAGAGACAACAGAGAACUGAGCAAGCAAGCUGCUAUCGACCAGAGGACCCUGGUCACCCUCAGAGAGGAGCUGGUGAGUGAGAAGCUGAACACCCAGCAGAGAAACAAUGACCUGGAGAGGCUGGCCCAUGAUUUGGAAAUGCAAGUCCUGAACCAGGAGAGCGCACAGCAGGCUCAGCGAGAGGCUCCAAACAGCAGCAGGUUCAAGAUGCUGGAGUCAGAAUUGGAGGCGUCUCUGAAAAGAUCUCUUCAGAUUAAAGAAGACAAGAUGGCAGCUUUGGAGGCUCGUCUGCAGGAAUCCUCCAACCUGAACCAGCAGCUGCGGCAAGAGCUCAAGACUGUGAAGCAAAGUUAUGAGGCGUUUCAGCAGAGGCAGGAGGAGGAGUGGACAGCCUCAACUUCCUCCCCUACCUCUGAGACUGGAAAGGCAAUGAGCGAAUGGCUGCGUGAGAGCCAAGAGGCUACUAAAGAACUGCUGAAGCUCAAAGACCGUCUCAUUGAAGUGGAAAGGAAUAAUGCAACACUAGAGGCCGAGCGUCAGGCUGUGCAGGCGCAGCUGAGGCAGCUGGAGAGUCAGUGUGACUGUCAGCAGGCUCAGAUCCUCGCCCUGCAGAGGCAGGCCGCCUCGCUGCAGGAGAACAACACGGCCCUGCAGACACACAACGCUAACCUGCAGGUGGAGAAGUCCACUCUGAACUCGCAGAGCGCCUCCCUCAUGGCCCAGAAUGCUCAGCUCCAGCAGCAGCAGUUGGGGACAGUAAGCGAGCGGGACGGCGCCGUGCGGGAACGUGAAGAUCUGCGCGCUGUUCACGAGCAGCUGCUGCGAGAUCACGAGCGGCUGGCGGCUCUGCACGAGCGCCAAGCCAUGGAGUGCGAGGCCCUGAUGGGAAAGCACGCCUGUUUGAAAAACGCCCAUCGCACUCUGGAGCUGGAGCAUCGCACCACAGAGGACAGGUACAAUAGCCUACUGCAGCAGUGCACCAAGCUGGAAGACCUGGAGAAAGCUCUGAAGGAAGAACAGAUGAGGAUGUCCCUGGAGAAAGAACAGCACAGGAGCACGGCUGCAGAGUGCAGCAGGCUGCGGGACGAGAAGGACUGGCUGAACCAGACAUACCGUCAGCUUCUCAACGACAACGAGUCGCUGACGGUGGACCACAAGCAGCUGAAGAGCCAGCUGAACGAGGCCAAGCUGGAACACACCUGGCUGGAGGCCGACUUCUCCAAACUCAAGAAGGAGUUCCAGCAGCUGGACAUCUCCUCCACGAAACUCACCAACCAGUGCGAGGUACUGACUAAGGUGAUUAAGUGUGGGAUUUCCACCACAAUUGCCACCUCUGUUUUAUUGUGUUGCACUGUUGGAGGGGCCUGUGACCUCAGAGUUGCAUCCACACUGUAG